AUGCCUGGAUACAAACAUACCGGCCCCGUACCCUGCGAUGUCGAUUUUGACACUUCGACGCUUAAAGACAAAACUGCUAUUGUGACUGGUGACGACUUUAGCGUGAGCGUGUGUUUCGGUGACUUGGAUGUGAAAGGUGGGAAGAAACUCGAGGCUGAGCUGACUGGAACCAAAUUUGUCAAGUGCGAUACCACGAGCUGGAAAGACCAGGUUCAUCUCUUCGAUUCUGCAAAGACUUUCUCACCGACCAAAAAGAUCCACUAUGUCGUCGCCAAUGCAGGAAUCUCGAGAAAGGAUGAAGUGUUCGAAUACAAUGAAAACGGGCCCCAGGAACCAGACCUCAAGACUGUAGAUAAUGGGCAGACUCCCUCAAAGCAACAAGAAGACACUUGUCUUAUCUUGAUUGGGUCUGGUGCUGCAUUCUUGGAUGUGGCGCGCACACCACAAUAUGAAGCUACCAAGUGGGCUCUGACAACAAUCCUGACACUGGACCAGNNGUAUGUCAAGACCAAGAUUCUUUCGGAAGAAGCCUUUGAGCAUGUGAGGUCUAAAGGUGUCGAGUUCGCGACCGUGGAAGAUGCGGGCCUAUGUCUUUUAAGGAUACUGAGUGACCCGGAAGUCAAUGGCCAUUCAUUCUUUUUGUCGGCGAGAAAGUGGGCUAGUAAGGGAUACGUUGAUUUCGAUCUCGAGGAUUACGAGUAUGAGUUGUUGAAGGAGAUUCAGAAGGAUCAACUCAUAAGUGCACCGCCGAAAGAUGGGUUGUUCUUGUAA